AUGGCAGCCAAGAGGAUAGUGGUAUACCGGAAUGGGGACCCUUUCUGCCCAGGCCACCGGCUGGUGGUCACUCAACGCCGCUUCCCCACCCUGGAGACCUUCCUUGGUGAGGUAACAUCAGUUGUGCAGGCCCCACUGGCUGUGCGUGCCCUAUAUACGCCUUCUCAUGGCCACCGUGUCACGGACCUGGCUGACCUGCAGAACGGAGGGCAGUAUGUGGCUGCUGGCUUUGAACAAUUCUGCAAGCUCCACUAUUUGUCCCCUGGAGAGAAGGAUCUAGAUGGGAAAAGCAACAGACUACCAGGUCGUCCCAUGAUUCAGCACCCAGGUGAUGGGGCCCUUGGACAGAGGCUACCUGCAGGUUCCAUCCAGGUAUUCAGGAAUGGGGACCUGUUAAGUCCCCCCUUUGGCCUGAAGCUGUCCGAGGUUGCCAACAAGGACUGGGAAAGAGUGUUGAAGCUCCUGACCGAGAAGGCCAAAUUACAGAGUGGGGCUGUGUGCAAACUCUGCACCCUGGAGGGGCUCUCAGUGUCAGCAAGGGAGGCUCUGGUGAGUGGCCAUUACUAUGUGGCUGUUGGAGAAGAUGAGUUCAAGGCCCUCCCCUAUCUGGAGCUGCUGGUGCCUAGCCCCUCACUGCCCAGGGGCUGCUGGCAUCCUCGAGACCCAAAGUCCAGGCACCACAAGCAGGGGACCCAUGGCCACAGGGCACAGGCAACCCAGCCCUCUCCACAGGAACCAAGCCAAACUGAGCCAUCUGCUUUCUAUGCCAGACGCCAGCAGGCUACCCAGCCAAGAAGCAUGUUCCCCACUUUCUCAUUUUCAUCAGGAGUCAAGGGAGUGUACGGGGCUUCCCACCCAAGGAAGGAGACAGAAGGGGCCCAGGAAGUAGCAGAUGAUGAAGACAUCCGGACAGAGGAACCCUUGCAUCAGAGGGCAGCACAGAUAGUGGAAGAGGCCCUGUUCCUGGAAAACCAGCCUGGGGCUGGAGCAGCUAUCUCCACAGCCCCUGCUUUGCCAUCUUGA